UUUCUCCAUGUACUGUGCGCCAUUUUGGAAGAGAAAAAAAAUCACGGAUAAUUUCCGUGGUCUUGACAGAUCAGGAGCCGAAGUCCUCACACUGAUUGUGGAUGUUUUGUGUGUCCACAAGCGGAGCCAGGUUAUUUAGUUUGGCGUUGGAAGCUGUGUACAGCCAGAGCCGCUAAAUGAAGCAAUGGCGGGUGUUGCAGGAGGCAAUGAUUUCCAGUGGUGUUUCUCUCAAGUCAAAGGAGCGAUAGAUGAAGAUGUUGCGGAAGCUGACAUUAUCUCAACUGUUGAAUUCAACUAUUCUGGAGAACUGCUUGCUACUGGAGAUAAAGGCGGCAGAGUAGUGAUAUUCCAACAUGAACAGGAGUCAAAGAGUCGUCCACACCUGCGUGGAGAAUACAACGUCUAUAGCACUUUUCAAAGUCACGAGCCAGAAUUCGACUAUUUGAAAAGUUUAGAAAUUGAGGAAAAAAUUAAUAAAAUCAGAUGGCUACCCCAACAAAACGCUGCUCACUUUCUACUUUCUACUAAUGAUAAAACUAUCAAAUUGUGGAAAAUUAGUGAAAGAGAUAAAAGAGCGGAAGGUUACAACCUGAAAGAUGAAGAUGGACGACUCAGAGACCCCUUUAGAAUUACCUCUUUACGGGUUCCAGUACUGAUGCCAAUGGAUCUCAUGGUAGAAGCAAGCCCCCGGAGGAUCUUUGCAAAUGCACACACCUAUCACAUUAAUUCCAUUUCUGUAAAUAGUGAUCAUGAAACGUACCUCUCUGCAGAUGACCUAAGAAUAAAUCUAUGGCACUUGGAAAUCACAGACAGAAGUUUUAAUAUUGUAGACAUCAAGCCCGCCAACAUGGAGGAACUGACGGAAGUAAUCACAGCUGCUGAGUGCCAUCCACACCAAUGCAAUGUAUUCGUGUACAGCAGUAGCAAAGGCACCAUCCGCCUGUGUGACAUGCGAGCAGCCGCCCUCUGUGACAGGCACUCGAAGUUCUUCGAGGAGCCUGAGGAUCCGAGCAGUCGGUCUUUUUUCUCUGAGAUAAUCUCCUCCAUCUCAGACGUGAAGUUCAGUCACAGCGGACGCUACAUGAUGACACGUGACUACCUCUCCGUCAAAGUUUGGGACCUAAAUAUGGAGAACAGACCAGUGGAGACGUAUCAGGUCCAUGAAUACCUUCGCAGUAAACUCUGCUCCUUGUAUGAGAAUGACUGCAUCUUUGACAAGUUUGAGUGCUGUUGGAAUGGCAGCGACAGUGCCAUCAUGACGGGCUCGUACAACAACUUCUUCAGAAUGUUUGACCGCAACACCAGGCGGGACAUCACACUGGAGGCAUCCCGGGAGAGCAGCAAACCACGGGCGACGCUGAAACCUCGCAAAGUGUCCACCGGCGGCAAGAGGAAGAAGGACGAGAUCAGCGUGGACAGCCUGGACUUCAACAAGAAGAUCCUCCACACUGCCUGGCAUCCCAAAGACAACGUGAUCGCCGUGGCAGCCACCAACAACUUGUACAUUUUCCAGGACAAAAUCAACUAGAGAUUUUGUGGGGCACCAGAGGAUAGGGCUUUUACCGUACCUGUGUAGUUAAGCCUACUACUUGUCUAUCUGUAUAAGAAGAAACAGCCUGGUUGUCCUCCUGGUGAAGAAUAUCGAAAGCACGUGUCUACUUUUUUUGCCACAGGAGGUUGAUCCAUAGGCCUGUUUUAUUUUGAGUUUCGAGCUUAGGUUGUUUUUUGCCUAUGGCAUCCGGGCAAUCAACAAGCCCCCACCCCCACCCCUUGACCCAGAAACAUCAAUUUUGUGGGUCUGUUUGAUGGAAUGGCACUCCCUAGAGGUCAAACUCUUGAACGUUGGUGUUUGUGUUGACAUUUUAAAGCCUUCAUUUCAUGAUUUAACUGAACUCUGGAAGCCCUUAAACGACGUCUUGUCAAAGUUGUAACAUCAUUUCAAAGAUUUUCGGGCCCUCUGAAGCGCGGAUGAACGGCCAAUAAGGCUAACUGUAACAUUCCCUCAUUGGCCACGUAUUCAGGCCAAACUACUGGUGGAAGAGGCCCUGAAUAAUGAAAGUGGACUAGUCCCUCUCACCUCACCCCCUCCCCCCUCGCCCCAACACAUCCCUCUUCCUUACUUUACCCGUCCUCCCCGGUCAGUACGGUGACAUAAUUUCACUCACUGUAUCUACUCAAGUACACCUUGUCAUCCACAUAAUAAAAUAAACUAAAACUACAGAUGUGUUUUUAAAUUUUAGAAGUAUGUAUUAAAACAUGUUUAUUGCUUUGCAUGUUUUUAUGUUGUAGAGAGGUGCAAAAAAAAUGUUGAGUCACACCACUGUCUUUUGAGCAGAUCUCAAACCAAACCCGUUGUGGAAAAUCGAAUAGCAUUUGGGGCUAACAGCUUCAGAAACCACUGUUGGGAGACGACCAAUAAUGUGUUUGUGUCAACCCUUUUCAUUUGGAUUUUUUUUUUUUUUGGAUUUUUUUUUUAAACCGUAUUUUGAUGCAGGCUGGAAACUACAAGGCACAAUACGGGGCCGAGGACAAAGGGAAUCUGCAGCCUUAAAACAUACUUCUAUCAGUGACAGCUACAAGUUUUUGUCCCCAGAUGUUUUACAAACCUCAUGUGCAUUAUUUGUAAAUCAUAUUUUAUAGUUACGUCCUCAUACUCUGCUGCUAUAGGUAGCUGUCUAUGAAAACGCAAAGGAGGAAAAUUGCACAUCAUGCAGUUUAUGUCAGAGUGCCUCCAAAUUAUGUAACGAGUAGGAAAAUUCAGACAGGCCUGGAACACGUGCCCUUAUUCAUUUGUUAGGGACGUCACCCCCCCAAUCUGGAGCGCGUACUGCAAAUGUGGGUCUUCUCUCCGUAGUUGUGAAUGCAGAAAUGAAAGAUGACUACACAAGAAAUAUACUGACGACAUUAAAGCGAACGCAUAAUAAUGCAUUGUCUUUGUCCAUUGAUUCCUAACAUGGUGGCAAUGUAUUCACUUGUUUAUUACUUUGACCAAAGUUCAAUAAAAUUUGAAUUGUGUUCAUCUGCA